AAUACUUUACACUGCUACAGCCCAGCAAAGUGGUAAACAAAAAUGGACAAAAGCCUUUUACAAUACUGAAGUUUCUCCUCCCCCCACGUUCGCAGAACGGAGCAACUAUCGGCUGACUACUCGGCUACGUCACCGCCCGAGGAGGCGGGGCUCGGAUGUGACGGAGGCUUGAAGAGGGCAACAACCGAGGGGUGACCACUAACCUGGAAGUGGAAUUUAUUUGUUGUGGCCAUGGCAGGGAUUAAAGCUUUGAUCAGCCUGUCAUUUGGUGGAGCCAUUGGACUGAUGUUUCUGAUGCUUGGAUGUGCCCUUCCGGAGUACAACAAAUACUGGCCACUGUUUGUUCUGUUCUUUUACAUUCUCUCUCCAAUUCCAUACUGCAUAGCGACAAGAGUAGUUGAUGACACUGAUGCAACAAGCAGUGCAUGUAAAGAACUUGCCAUAUUUCUCACUACAGGCAUUGUCGUCUCAGCUUUCGGGCUGCCUAUCAUUUUUGCAAGAGCAACUCUGAUUCAAUGGGGAGCAUGUUCUCUGGUAUUAACGGGCAAUAUCAUCAUCUUUGCAACCAUUCUGGGAUUUUUCAUUGUUUUUGGCACUAACGAUGACUUCAGUUGGCAGCAGUGGUGAGGGCUUCAUAUGCAAGCAGAUACUGGAGCGAAACUGCGAAUCAAAAAUGAACUAUGCAAAUAUGUCAACCACCAUCUGACAGCAAUGGAUAUAGUCACCUUUGUUGGUCUACACACAAAUAUACACUGGCAGGAGACUUAACAUUAUUUAUCUAAACAUAAAUUAUUCUGAUUUUUUUGCUAGCAGUCUCUAUUAGACUAUGAAGACACGCAGUCCUCUUUUAUUGUCAUUUAGUAAUGCAUGCAUUAAGAAAUGAUACAAUAUUUCCUCCAGUGUGAUAUCACAAAACACAGGACAGACCAAGACUGAAAAAACUGACAAAACCACAUAAUUAUAACAUAUAGUUACAACAGUGCAACAAUACCAUAACUUGAUGAAGAAGUCCGUGAGCACAGUAAAAGUUCAAAGUCUCUCAACUGUCCCACAUCUCACGCAGACGGGAGAAGGAAGAAAAACUCUCCCUGCCAUGCCGACCGCAAUCCGACUCUGAGUCAUCCGAAAACUUCGAGCUCUGAUCAGCUCUCCGACCCCGAGUACUGAGCGCCUUCUCUGUCUGAAUGAUUCGACCUCAACCUCGGUCACCACCAGCAGGCAAAGCCGGGGAUUUUGAGGCCUACCCUCCGAAAGAUUCCUGACCACGCAGUAACAGCAACAGCGAACAAGCAUUUCAGAAAUUUCUCCAGAUGUUCCUCUGUACUUUCACUUCCCCCUCCAUCAAAUCAGAAUUGUCCACGGCCCCUAUUUAACAGACACGAUGUCAUUUUUCACCUUCUCACAUUGAUACCUAAAGAGGAACUGAACAAAACUAGAUGCAAAUUUGUAGAAUAUCGUAUUUAAGAAUUGACAUAUUUGUUUUAAAUAUUCUUCUUUCUUUAACUUAUUUUAUAAUUUAAGAUUUUAAUCUGUCAGAGUAUUUACCCUUUUUUGUGCUAGUGUUUACAUAAAAAUACCUUAUGUAUAUAUGCAGUCAGAUUUUAGCGCUGUAUUGUAAAGUCGAGUCCAAUAUUGCAUGUUUUUAAGCUUUACUGUUAAUAAAACAUCAGUAUAGAGUCAAAAACACAAAAUUUGCUUUUGAUGGCUUUACCAAUAACAAUUUAUUUUGUAUUGUUGUUUUUCUUAGCAUAGUUAGAAAAGAAACCAGAACUGUUAGUAGAACAACAGAUCUUCAUUGAUGCCUUUAUAUGUGUGGAUAAUCUUAUCCCCUACUUUUUUACAAUAAUUUCCCUACCAAAGAUGUUAGAUUCAUCAUUUUAUUAUCACCUGGCUUAUUCUUGUAGCCCUCUUAAUUUGAAAAAAAAAGAUCCCUUUACGACAAAAUGUAUUUAAAAAUGUCUUAUUGAAUUAACCUUAUAGUUUAACACACACUUUCUUAACAAAAGACUACUAAUCAUUUUGUCUGUAUUUCAAUUUAACUAUUAAACUAUAGUGGAAAUACUUACCUGGCCGUACUUACUAAUCAGCUGCUUCUGCUGCAGCUUAAUUUCUGACAACGUAACAUCACUUCACUCUGCCAUUGCUCUCUGAGACAAGGUGAGUUUUCACUGGAAGGUCUUCCUUCUCUUGCUGCUGUUGUUGGCUAUAGGCCUUGCCACAGCUCCAUGCUCUAUCUUUAUACCUGUCACAAACUGACCACAAACAUUAUGAUAUAAU